GCCAGACCUACAGCAAUCAUUUUGUACAAUCGGUAGCUUAUCGGGGUACCUCAGGCGCUGGCAUCAGAGUUGUGAAGCGGAGACAGAGCCGAGUCGUCACCUUUUGUUUACGUUCUAUCAGCGGCUUCUCACCUCAACCCCAACUCAACCUACCUUACCUCACGUCACCAAAACCGCAUUCACCUUCACCUAUCAUGCUAUAACCCACAUUUCCUAAUGCGACCAAAGUACCGUAAUCUCGCCGCCAUGCUCCGCAGCCCUUCUCAGACGUUCCUUCCUUCCUCAGGCGACAGCUCACCAGGAGACUGCGAACCCAAAGCCGUCAAGUUCAUGCUUACCGUCGACGACUGCGAUGAAGCCCCAACUCCACAGCCCCCAUGCUUCCUUCCAUCUUACAGCUCCGCAGCGACCUCAAGUCCGCCCUCGCCGAAUCCAAUGUACGCUCAGCCCGUCCUAUCCGAGUCAAAGAUCUCCGCCAACCACUCCAACCACAACGACUCCGAUUCCGAAGCCUACGAGGAGCCCGACCAUACACCCCGAUCACCUAUCAAACACAAACCCGGCAAGCGGUACUACGCCCACGCCCUCACCGAAGCAGAGCGGGAAUCGCUCCGACGCGGCGGCGGCGUCAAGAAGUGGACAAAUGCAGACCUCCUGCUGAAAGGCAACCGCAGCCAGGACUUGAAAGAGCAGUGGAUGAUUGACGAAGACCUCGAGCGCGAGCGCGAGCGUCAGUUCUUUGAACAGCGGGAACGCGAGCACCAGCAAGCUCGCAUGAGUCGCUCGUCGUCACCAUCUCGGCCUGCGUCAAUAGAGGUCAGGAAGGCGCGCCCUCCCCGCCGGGCAAACCGGCCCCUCUCCUUGCUCUCGCUCUCGAGCAUCGCGGCAACCCUGCCGGCGACUAAUCAGCGAAGGCCGUCUCCGUUGUGGGAGACGACGAGUCCGGAGGAGCCGCGAGCUGUUCUGGGCAGGACCUUCGAUGACUUUCUUCUGCCUGUGCCGACCUCAGACGAGCCGGAUGCUUAUGCGCUUGCGAAGGCGGGGGAUGAGUUCGAUAAUGAGGAGAUGUUGAAAGGGAGAGUGCUUGAUGGGACGGCUGAGAUGAAGGAGGGGGCUUCGCGGCCGCUGGACUUGGAGAAGGGGAAGUAA